AAUGUGGGCUCAUAUUAUUAUACCUGUUACUUACCAUGGAAUGAAACUAAUAAAGUUUGAUUAGUUGACUUUGUUGAUUUUCAUUUAUUGUAUACAAACUUUUUAAUUAACCACAAACAUGAAGUUACAGAUUCUUCUAUAUCUAGCUUUGUGGGGAAUAAUGUCUGUAUUGGGUGCAAAAUUUGAAGCUUUUUAUCCAAGAGAAGCGUAUGGAGUGAGCAACGGAGCUUCUAGAUCACCUCAUGGUCAUGGAUCAUUUUACAAGUACAGAAACCCAGCUCUUGUAGAUGCUAAAAAUUCUCCCGCUUACGGAUACAGAUUUGAUGGGAAAAGGCGUUUCAAUUUUGAUAAAUAAUUUAUGUACAUAAUAUGUAUUUAAAACUAGUAUUAAUGUAUUGUUCGUCAAUAAUAAUAAUAAUGGUAAACAAAUAGUAAGAAAAAGCAGCAAAAUAUAAUAAUUCAAAUAAAUAUAAUAUAUAUAUAUAAACUUUAAAGUAACAAAUUAACUAAUUACUGAGUGUAUUGUAGCAAGGAUUUAACAAUAAUAAAAAAGCAACUGAAGUUCAUAAAA